AUGUUCAGAAAUGUACAGGACGUCGUCGUCUGGCAGUUCAACAAGUUGAAAAUCUCUUCCUCUUUUGCUUUUUGUAAAGAUCGGACAGAAAUACGACAACUUCUGAACUACAAGAAGAUGAUGAAAGGGUACGCAUGGGCUGUUUCGGCUGGAUUCAAUGCUGCUCUUACUGCCAUUGCCGCCAAGCACUUUUCUUCCCAGCUUGUUAGGUAUGGCCUGGUCAUAGUACUGAAUGCUUUAAUGUGGGGGUGUUAUGUAAAUAGCCUAAAAGCUCUAUCAUCUCUCCAAGCUACCGUUACAAACUUUGCAAUGAACUUUCUAUCUUCUGGAUUGGCUGGAUUCUUCCUCUUCAAAGAGGUGCUGCCGUUUCAGGAUUUUACCGUGUACUUGAGGGUCUUCAAGUGUGGUAGAUCUUAGAUUUCAGCCACAGAGGAAAGGAGGCAGCGACUCUUCUGAGAACAAUUGGAGUUCUGUUCCCCCUCAAUCUUGAAGGAAGAUCUUGAAAUUGCAUCAAAGCAAUUAACAUGCCAGGGUGUAUUCUAUUGGUAUUUUGAAGUGUAAGUGUAAGCAUUGUUAUGAUCUUAGUUUUUGUUAUUUCAA